AUGGAUCUAAAUAAAAAAUCUCCGAAGACAGAUAAAAACAAGACAACUACAGAUGCAUCAUCAAAAAAUGGAAAACAUGAUGAAAAAAAUGGAAAACAUGAUGAAAAACAUGGAAAGAAUGAUGAAAAACAUGGAAAACAUGAUGAAAAAGACAACGAAAAUAUUUUAUCUAGAGCGGUUCAUAAAAUUGGAGACAAAGUACAUAACUUUACUGAUGAGGUUAAAGAAAAAGCACAUAAUUUAACUCAUAGUGAUGAUUCAAAAAAAGAUAAAGGUGAUAAAAAAGGAAGUACUAAAUUAAAAACAUCGUCAAAAAUUAGUAAGAAAGAAUCUGAUGAUGAAAAAGAAGAAGACACAUCACAACCACCACCACCACCAUCUUCAUCUUCUUCAGACACCAAGAAAGACACAGCAUCAUCUGCCUCCUCCAGCAAACCUCCGUCUGAUGAUAAAGAAGGUAAUGCUGCUGCUCCGUCUUCUUCAAAACCGCCUGGUUUACCAUCUCAAUCUGGCAAGAAAGAAGAUUCUGCAGCUGCAUCUUCAUCAUCGAAACCAGCUAAUUCUGAUCCAGCUGGUAAAGCUACAGAACCACCAUCAGAUGGUGACUCUAAACCUUCUGGUGAAAAGAAAGAUGGUGAUAUUGCUGCUCCUUCUUCACAAACAACUGGUAGUAGUUCGGCUAGUAAAACUACAGAACCACCAUCGGGUGGUGAUUCUAAAUCAUCUGGUGAAAAGAAAGAUGGUGAUGUUGCUGCUCCUUCCUCACAAACAACUGGUAGUAGUUCGGCUAAUAAAACUACAGAACCACCGUCGGGUGGUGAUUCUAAACCAUCUGGUGAAAAGAAAGAUGGUGAUGUUGCUGCUCCUUCUUCACAAGCAACUGGUAGUAGUUCGGCUAGUAAAGUUUCUGGUACACCUGGUGGUAAUCAGAAAGCUGCUGAAACUUCUUCUAAACCAGCUAGCAACGAAGACAAGAAUACAAAAUCUGCGGAUCCAUCAAUGAAUAAUGAUUCGAAACAGUCAGCUAACAAACCAACUAGUGCUUCGAAUGAUGCUGACACAUCUAAUAAACCAUCAGCAGAAGAAAAUCCAGAUGACAAAGUUCAUAUUUUGUUUGAUGGUGUGCAAACUGUCGAUGAUUUACUUGAACGAAUAGAUGAAGCUAUGGAAAAGGCAAAAAUAGUUAUGACUGAAGGCAAAAACAAAAAAGUUUCUGAUAAAAAGGAAGAACAAAAUGUCUCUGAUAAAAAAGAAGGACAAAAUGUCUCGGAUUCGACUGCCACUGAUACCAAGAAAAAACCUGAAAUGAAGGCUGCAGAGGAAGAAGAACCAAUUCGUAUUGUAUAUGACAAUGUACAUCAAUUAAAAGAUAUUUUAGCUGCAAUCAAUAACCAACCCGGUCAUCGAAAAGUUCUACUUGAAGGUGCACCUAAACAAUCAAAUACUGCUACUGUUCAAAAAUCUAAGGGUUCAUCGUCUGCUACAGUAUCUCCAGCCGCUACUAAUACACAAAAAGAUUCGUCAACAAAGGAAAAACCAACUGAAAAUCAACCAACUGAAAAACAACCAACUGAAAAUCAACCAGCUGAAAAACAACCAACUGAAAAACAACCAGCUUCAAAUGAUACAUCUUCACCUGAAGUGGAUCAAAUUCAUCUUAAUAUUGAAAAUAUUCAAUGUCUUGAUGAACUAUUAGAUCGUAUUGAUGAUGCUGUUCAAAAUGUUCCAGUUAUGAUUGAUGUAGAAUCUAAAAUAGAUAAAAUUCCAAAAUCAAAUGAAAAUGUUCAAAUUGAUGUAAAAACUGACAAACCAGAAAAAAUUGAUAAGAAAGAAGUAGUAGCUGCUAUGAAAUUUCAAAAACAAGAACCUAAAAUUGAACAGAAUAAUAAUGAAACAAGCGCUACUUUCUAA